CAUUAGAUUACAAUUUUUUGAUGUAGAACAUGCAAUAUUGUAUUUUAUAAGCAUUUUCAACAUUUAUUCCUGUUAUACGUGCAUACGCGUAUAUUUCAUCUAGUUCCAUUACGUUUAGUAAAUUAUUUUUUUGUUUUGACAUUUUAAAACAAGAGUAGAGCGCGGUAUAAAGGUCUUUAUGAUACCCACUGCAUAAGAUAUGUUUGGCAUAUUUUUGCACAUUACGUGAUGAAGUUCCAUUUUUAUCAAAAUUUGUUCUUACACUUCACAUAGUAAAUGUUAAAAAACUUAUUUUUAGAUUUUAAUACUAAUUUUAUAAUUGUAUGUUAUUUACAUAUGUCCACUGCAAAUCAUUGAAGUUUCAUCAAAAUCGAAAUAGAGAGGAAUGUGAAUGUCAUAUAUUCUUUUAUCAAUGAAGCUGUAUAACAGAAAUUUCGAAGGAGGCGAACGCAUAGAAUAUAUGGGGUGGGUAAACGAAGCAGUAAGCAAUAGCAACCAACCAUGGCAGAGCUACAGACCCAGGUUCCUGGCUCUCAAAGGCCCUGAUCUGUUGUUAUUUGAAACUCCACCGUGUAAUAUCGGCGACUGGUCUCGAUGCGCAUUAACGUUCAAAGUUUAUCAGACGAUGUUUCGCGUAAUGAAGGAAUCUGAGAACGUGGAUGAGAGACAGCACUGUUUUUUGGCUCAGAGUCCAGGCAAACCACCACGAUAUCUGAGCGUUGAAACAAGGCAGGAACUUCUGAGGGUGGAAGCUGCUUGGCACACUGCUGUUUGUUCAGCAGUCACACAUCUUAAAAGUAAAACGUUUCCAGUGACGUAUAAUGGUAGAAUUGCCAGAUUAACAUUGGAAUGGACUCAAGGAUUUACCCUAUCUUUGGACGGCGUAGGAGAAAUCAUUUGGAGAUAUAAGUUUUCUCAAUUGCGAGGUUCUAGCGACGACGGAAAAAGCAAAUUAAAACUGCACUUCCAAGAACCCGACAGCAUUGCCAUUGAAACAAAGGAAUUGGAAUGUUCGCAGUUACAAAAUUUGUUAUUCUGUAUGCACGCCUUUUUGACGGCGAAAGUGGCAGCAGUUGAUCCUACUUUUUUAACUUCUACAACUCCUUGAAUGUUUGGAUGAUAUUCAUUUUGGAAUAUUCUUUAAGACUUCUCAUCGAAUGGAUACCAACGUUUCCUUUUUCGUGCUUAAGACGUUAAGCGCCAGGCCGAUUUUGGUCAACUAUUCGUUCAGCGGCGUGUUAGCAUACAAAAUAUAAACAAGAGAUAAGGAGAUGCAGGGUAAAAGAAUGCUUAAAUUUGAUUCGUGGGUCCUCAAAGACCAGCACCGCCUAAAUGAAAAGUCUAGCGUCGCCCCGCACAGGCCGGCUUGGCCUAAACGAAAAGUACAGUGUCGGUCCGCAGGGACCGGCGUGCCGCUUAACGUAUUAAUCAGUGAGUAUUAGAGUGUGAAUUCUGUUUUCAACGUGAAAUCUAGCAUGACGAUAGUGACAAUGACGAAAACGAAUACGAUAAGUACCUAUAGCUAGUCAGUUCUCCAAAAAUUAUUUGAUGGUUUUUGUUAAAUUCGUUAUAUUCAUAGAUUUAAUCUUGUAUUCCUUUUUUAUAACCGCUAAGAUAAAAGUAAGGUAAAGCGUCCAGUUAGUGAUACUGUUCCAGAUUGUGAUCCCGAUAGCAUAAUUUUGACUCCCAUAAAUAGAGUUUUUGUCGAAUAGUAAUUCAAUUACCGGCUAAUUAAAAAGUGUUUUUCACUUUAUAUUAUUGGAGAGACACACUUUUUUAAAUGAAAUAUUUUAGAAUAGAAAUUGACCAGUGAAUAGUGCGACACGCGUCUCAGUGGCCCCGCAGUGGCAGUGCUAGACGGUGGCAGUAGUUGCGACGAGCGACGUCGUUGUGAAUUUUGUUCGUCAUGUAAGUAUAAAACGACAUAAUAAUGGUGUCAAUAUCUUCAGCAGGAACCAGACUAUCGAUGAGAUAGGAAAUUAUUUAACUUUUGGUUAGAUAUUUAUUCAAAUUCGCGGGAUCGAUAAGUGCGUCACAUAAUUCAGGUUGUGUUGCUGUGUUGUUGACAUUCGUUUGUAUGGGGAAAUUCGGAAGCGUCAGAAAGUGGGUACUCGCAGGUGUCAUAAAUUGCUCAAAUGGGGUCACAAAUCGGGUACACGCAGGGAUCACAAACUACGACAUGGGUGUUUAUCGAAUGUUAGAAACUCCGGUAGCAGAGAAGCGCUAUUAAAACAAUCAUUUUAAUAAUAAACAAUUGUUUCACUUGUGUAAUAGGUGAAUCUCAUUCGGAAAGCUUUAACGCACGUGUUCAAACCUUUAGUUUUCAGUUUGGCUAUAUCACGCAGGAGUAAAUAGCAAAAAUCCAACACGAUCGCUUUUAAAGUAUCACUAACUGGGCCGUUUACUGUAUUAAGGUGUUUAUUUAGAACCUCUCUUUAACACGUUUGGUGCGGCCUGUACCACUGAUGGUACAUGCCAUACUUAAAAAUGACCGGGUCUAACAACGCGCUGCAACGAAUUUGUUAAGGGGAAGCCAUACUGUUCUUCUACGUGUAGAUAAUUCAUAUAAAGAAUGGUUUUAAGUAAGGAAACUUCGCGUUCCAAAAUCGACUCACAAAAAGCACUGUGACUAGAUGUAGAAACACAAUCAGGCGUUCGAUGAAAUCUCUGUCUGUGAAGCAAUUUUUCAAUUAUUCUCUAAAAAAAUUAAUAAAACAGAAAUAAAAAAUAAAAACUAUUGAUACUGUCAGGUUGGUGAAAGUGUCGUAGCCGCCGUCCAGGCCUUUGUCAAUCAUUAUGUAUUGCUUGUCACACUGCGUCACGAAACUAUAGAAGGUUAUCGAAAGAAGGCUUCACAGGGUCUGAAAAAUAUAUACGGCGUCUCACUUAACUUAACCAAUUAAAAUAUCAUGGUUGCCUUUGAUGAUACGGGAAAAAUGUUUAGAGAAAAGUUAUUCGGUACAAAGGGACAAAUAUUCUGACUAGCAUACAUUUUUUCUAGUUAAUUUUUGUUCGAGAUUUCAAAGUCAUUGAUAUUUUUUAAAUAGGUGGACAUAUUUUUAAUACGAUACUCGUGUAGUUCAUAUCAAAAAAAUUCAACGAUAUGCAAUGUGUUGAUCUUUACGUGAUCUUGAAUGAGAAAAUCAUGUUUGUAUGGAGAGAAGGUGAAUGUAAAAUUGAUGUUUCAAUGCAACAUAUUUCUUUCAGAAGCUGUUCAAAACAUACACCAUUAACCUCAGUACAAUUUUGGAGACGGUAAAUUAAUUAUUUUUCUACAUUUUCAAGUAAUUCUGUAGUAAUGGUGUUACAUGCAUAUUGACAUUGAAAUACAUAAUUUACCGUUCUAGAACAAGUAUUGAAUUUAAUGGCAAACAUUUUGUAAUUUUCUCGUUCACGGUCCCGUGAAGGGCAACACAUUGCACAUAGUUGAAUUCUUUUUAUUAUGAGCUACAAGACUGUCGUAAUAAAAAUAUAUCGACCCAUUUAAAAAACAUCGAUGACCUUGAAAUAUUGAAAUAAUUAACUAAUAAAAAAUCUUUGGUAAUCAGAGUAUUUUCCCCUUUGUACCGAAUAACUUUUCCCUAAACAUUUUUCUCAUAUCUUCAAACGCGACCAUGAUAUUUGAAGUGGUCAAGUUAGGUGAGACACCCUGUAUAUCAGUAACAUACCAUAUCAGUGCAAAUAUUCAACAGAAAUAUUUUUGGGUGCGAGUAAAUCGAGCUGUCAAUCAGCAAACUUUCCUCGCCUAGAAAUGAAGUCUUUUGCCGUAGGGAAUGCUAGUAGUAUUCUGUGAUGUUACAACUAGUCCUAACGUGCGUGGGUCAUGGUCAGUUAUAUUCAUUCUUUAUAAGCUGUCUAUAGUAGUUGGCAUUUAUACAUAAUAGUAUAAUUUCUGUAUUACAGAUCUGGCUGUUUCAUUCCCAGUAAACGUAUUGUUUAACUUCUGGCGACAGUUGUCGGUAUCGUUAAAUAAGGAUAACUGCAUUUUAUCCAAUAGCAACAUCUUCUUUCUUAUAGAUGUAAUUGGCGAGUGGAUAAAAUCGUUUUCAAUAUGUAACGAUGUCAAAACAACUGUCGCCACAAGUUAGAAGAUAGGGCUAUUUGAUCACAACGUUGACUGUUGUAGGGCUAACGCAGAUUCCAUGCUCGAAGACGAAUAAUAUAAACGAAAUUUAUUCACCUCCGCAUAAUUUGUAAUCGAGCACUACAGAGGCGCGGAGUCCUGCAAUAGCUCUACAGUCUACGACAGCUUGCAAGAGUAUUACCAGCUAUCUCGUGCAUGUUUUCACGCUUUGCCAUAACUGAUGGCAGCACCAUUAUGUAGAAGUUCGCCGAGCACUGCGGUUUCCCCUUAAUGAUUUUUGCAAUGAACUACUUAGUUUACUUCAACAACAUGUAUAUUACGAUAUCUUUCAAUGAUGCUAUAGUAUUAUAUCAUAUCAACGAUAGUAUAUCAUGUUUAUGACAGUCGGAUAAAGUUGUCGGGCGUUAGUAACAUGCGUGGAUUCACACAUGCGUGCUAUUUUCCUUCUAUAUAUAACAGCCCCGGCGCGCAUUUAUUAAUAUAUGUUGAAUUAGACCAUGUAUGAUUAUAGAACACAUUAUAUAAUACGUGCACUAGAAAGCAGCUAAAAAAUUCUAAAUGAAAUUGUAAAUAAUUGUUGACAUAUGUGCGAAAUUUAUGUGCUUCAAGUUAUGGUUCUUAUGACGUUAUGUUAACAUUUUUUGUACAUUUUUUUAUUACGUGCCGAAUGUUUGAUAAUAGGUGAGCUUGAACAAAUUAUCGGAGUGUUAGUAUUAUAAUGCUUAUUGUACAAUGGAUUGGGUUCUGAUUUAAGAUGUACGAUUACUAAAUGCGUUUAUCUAUAUUACAAUUCACACUACAGAUGUUUCAUUUUUCCCGAUAUUAAGAGGUAGGUUUGCUAUAGUUGUUGCUGAUAUUGAUAUUUUGAGAAUUAAAUUUAUGUCAGAACAUAAUGCUUGUAUUUUACAGCAUAUUGUAGUCAAGUGGACACGGCUCGAGAUUCAAAUUUCAUAAUUUUACUCUAAGCAACGUACAUUUUGGGUGUUUAUCUUUUACCGACAUAUUUUGACACACUCUUGUUUCAUAUACGGCUUUGAAAGAUGCUUAGAGUCUGAUUUAUGACAUUUGAGCUUGAGGUUCCUUGUACAUUUGGUGCGCAAAGUCCAUAAGCCAUAAAUAAAACAGUGUGUUAUGUGUGUCGGUAAAAAAAAAACACCGUUUGUGUUAUCCCAACAUUGCAGUUAAUAUUAACAGAACUAUCAGCUAGUUUGUUAUGGUCCUGUGAUAAUACAACAGAUUUGAGGGAUAGUCGUCCAGAUCAUUAUCAUCGUAUAUAUCAGGUUAUUUAGGACAAAAAACAAAUGGAGUUACCCCGUCCUUUUGAUUUUAAUGGUAGAGAACCCCGGUGGUAUAUAUAGAUCUGGAAGCUCUGCUGGUGGAAGAAGGGUUCACUAGCGUUACCAGUUUCUGUAUUUUACUCCUUUCCCGUGUGAAUCGGGACGAUCUAGGGGUAUUUUUUUAAAGUUUUGAAAGGAGUUUAUUUAUUUUAAAAGCCAACCUUUAUCUUGUGUUACGUGUCGUUUACGUUUGCGCUCACAGUUGUACCAGUUAUACAUCGUUUGUGCGUGAUAAACUCUUAAUGUAGUAAGAAGCUUGUAAAAAAAUGGGGAAAUUCUGUGCUUCGGUUUGAACGAUGACGAGUAUUGGUUCUAGACUGAAAAAGAUAUUUUAAAGGAUGCCAUUUUUAAAAAGUAUUAAUUGAUCUCAAAUUCAUGUAAAGGAAUAAGACAACUACUCUACUCGAAAAAAAUGUGGAAAAAAGGUAAUUUUUUGUACGAUUUAUGAUUUCUUGUCUUCGUCUCGUAAAUUGAGUGCGCGUGCAUUCUCUAUUGACUUAUAGAUCGCAAUGACCCUUACGGCGUAGUAGGAACCACAAAAACGGGUAACGUUAGUGGUGCCAUCCCCGCCAUCAAAACUCGGCCAAGCUUCCAGACUUGUAUGUACGACCGUGGGUAGAACUAACUUCAGUCAGUGCGUUGUUUUGAAUAUUCCUAGUAUUUAAUGAAUUGCCUUUUUGUUUCAUAGCGCAAACACUACCAGUAUCCGAAACGUUGACAUAACUGCAUUUGAAAAAUACCCCCACAUGACGAUUUUUGUUAAAAGUGAGACUGUUCAAUGUCAGUAUGUAUGCUUGAUUUCAUUUAAGAAUCCAAUAUACAUAUAAACUUUCUUUUUCGCCUAUUAAUUUUUCACGUGAAUGACUCUGUUAGGGAGAUUUUGCAUCACUAGUGCAAGUGAACAAAAUUUUAUUUGCUGCCGCCCUUACCAUACUUACUUAUGGUCACAUGUAACUUUAAUGUGUAGCAGAAAAUAUUUGUGUUCAUAUACUGCAAGAUCGUAAGAAUGUUUGACUAUGCCUUUGGUAAUAUGAUGCGAUGUACUAGCAUAUAUUUUCAAACGUGCUGUUGAGGGAAACGAGUGCAUUUAGUUUCUUAAAUCCAUGAUAUUUCAUAGAGUGUUUCCUUACAAAAAUUAUUUGUAAAAUUGGUAUUUUGUUUUCUUUUGUCAUUUAUUGUAAGUAUUUGGUUUAGUAAUUGUUAUGUUUGUUACGUGUAUUGGUAAGUGCGUUCUGGUUAUAGUUUUGUGUAAAAUAAGAAUAAUUUGAA